AAAAUAAAGAAAAAUAAUAAUAAAAAAAUAACUACACCCAGGAAGAGGGAACAACACAGCACAACUUUGCGUUUCAAGGUCUGAGAACAGAAGAGAGAACACUUUGCUUUCUCUUUCUUCCUUCAAUCGCUAGGGUUUCUCGAUUCACAGCUAUAUCGGGAUUCGUCGUUGGUUUUGCUACAAUUUGUGGACUUUCACGCCCAAAAUCUGGUUCCUCUGUGCGUUGAUCUGAGUCAAUUAGGGUUUUUGCAUGAGUCCUCCUGCUGAAUUGAAGAUGGAAGAUGGCAAGCCUUCAGUUACCUCGCCUGAUAAUGGCGACCAAGUCGAGUCUCGCUUCCUUGAGUUUUGCAAGAAUGGGCUGGCAUUGGAAGAGAGAAGCUGUAAAGAGGCAAUGAAUAUGUUUGGAGAAACCAAACAUAUUCUACUGACAAAUUUUUCGUCGAUGGGGAAUGGAACGUCUGAAGAAGCAGAGCGGUAUUGGUUUGCUUUUAUUUUAUACUCUGUCAAGAAAUUGAUUCAGAACAAUGUGGAGAGUGGGAAGGAAGAGACUGAGAACACUGGGCUUACCUUGUGUCGUAUAUUGAGAGCAGCUAAGCUAAACAUUGCAGAUUUUUUUAAAGAACUUCCACAGUUUGUUGUUAAGGCUGGUCCAAUUUUAAGCAAUAUAUAUGGUUCAGAUUGGGAAAACAGGCUUGAGGCAAAGGAGAUGCAUGCCAAUGCUAUUCACUUGAAGAUUCUUAGCAAGUACUAUAAACGUGUAUUUGGAGAAUUCUUCGUGGCAACUGAUGCAAAUGUUGAAAAGAACUCAUCUGUUACUGUUCAGGCAUCUGAAUACCAUCGAUUUGGAUGGCUACUUUUCUUGGCACUUCGUGUACAUGCUUUCAGCCGUUUCAAAGACUUGGUGACUUGCACCAAUGGUUUGAUUUCAAUCUUGGCCAUCUUAAUUAUUCAUGUUCCUGCUCGUUUUCGGAAUUUCAACAUUCAUGACUCCUCACGCUUUGUUAAGAAAAGUAACAAAGGUGUGGACCUCCUUGCAUCACUUUGCAACAUAUAUAACACUUCUGAAGAUGAGUUGAGGAAAACCAUGGAGAAAGCCAAUAAUGUAAUAGCAGAUAUAUUGAAGAAGAAGCCCUGUUUAGCAUGUGAUUGCGAGAAUGAAAACCUAGAGAAUAUCGAUAAAGAUGGUUUGACCUGUUUUAAAGAUCUGAUGGAGGAAUCAUCUCUACCUUCAAGUUUAAAUAUCUUAGAAAAAGAUUAUGAUUACAUGAUUCGCAACAAGAGUGAAUUGGAUGAGAGAUUAUUUAUUAAUGAGGAUGACAGCCUAUUAGCUUCAGGAAGCUUGUCUGGAAGUUCUAUUUCAGCAGGUGGUGUAAAGAGGAAAAUUGAUUCAAUGGCAUCACCUGCUAAGACUAUUACAAGUCCACUCUCACCUCAUCGCUCCCCUGCAUCCCAUGCUAAUGGGAUUCCAGGUAGUGCAAACACAAAGAUGACAGCCACCCCUGUAAGCACGGCAAUGACUACUGCAAAGUGGCUUCGCACUGUCAUUUCUCCACUUGCAUUGAAGCCCUCUCCAGAGCUGGAACGGUUUUUGAUAUCAUGUGACAGGGAUGUUACAAGUGAUGUGGUGCGCAGAGCACAGAUUAUAUUGCUGGCUAUAUUUCCUAGUAGUCCCCUUGGAGAACGAUGUGUAACCGGAAGCCUGCAAAGUGCAAACCUCAUGGACAAUAUAUGGGCGGAACAACGAAGAUUGGAAGCAUCAAAGUUAUACUACAGGGUAUUGGAAGCAAUGUGCAGAGCAGAAGCCCAAGUACUUCAUGCAACUAAUUUAACCUCUCUACUAACUAAUGAGAGGUUCCAUCGAUGUAUGCUUGCAUGUUCUGCAGAAUUAGUCCUGGCAACUCACAAGACCGUAACAAUGUUGUUCCCUGCUGUAUUGGAGAGGACUGGAAUUACAGCCUUUGAUCUUAGCAAGGUGAUCGAAAGCUUCAUUAGGCAUGAAGAAUCUCUCCCAAGAGAAUUGAGGCGACAUCUGAAUUCGCUGGAAGAGCGGCUUUUGGAAAGCAUGGUAUGGGAAAAGGGUUCUUCGAUGUAUAAUUCUUUAGCAGUUGCUAGACCUGCCCUUUCUGCAGAGAUAAAUCGUCUUGGACUGCUAGCUGAACCAAUGCCAUCAUUGGAUGAAAUCGCAAUGCAUAUUAACUUCUCUUGUGGAGGGCUUCCACCUGUACCAUCCGUGCCUAAGCUUGAGACUUCACCAACUCAGAAUGGGGAUACCAGAUCACCAAAGCGGCUUCGUACAGAAUUUCGAAAUGUGUUAAUGGAACAAAAUUCUUUUACUUCACCGGUGAAAGAUCGGUUGCUUCCCUUCAGCAACCUCAAGUCAAAGCUACCCCCACCUCCUCUGCAGUCAGCAUUUGCCAGUCCAACAAAACCAAAUCCAGGAGGUGGAGGGGAAACAUGUGCAGAAACUGGGAUCAACAUCUUUUUUGGCAAGAUCGUUAAGUUGGGAGCAGUCAGAAUAAGUGGCAUGGUUGAAAGACUACAAUUAUCUCAGCAGAUAAGGGAGAAUGUGUACUGUCUUUUCCAGCGGAUCCUAAAUCAAUGGACAUCUCUCUUUUUCAACCGCCAUAUUGACCAAAUCAUCUUGUGUUGUUUCUAUGGAGUUGCAAAGAUUUCACAACUUAACCUAACUUUUAGGGAGAUCAUAUACAACUACAGAAAGCAACCACAAUGCAAACCCCAGGUUUUCCGUAGUGUAUUUGUUGAUUGGUCAUUGUUACGCCGAAAUGGGAGAACAGGACAGGAGCAUGUUGACAUCAUUACAUUUUACAACGAAAUAUUCAUUCCCUCUGUAAAGCCGCUGCUGGUUGAACUUGGCCCUGGUGGAGCAACUACAAAAGGCGACCGAAUACCUGAAGUUAAUAAAAAUGAUGGUCAAUGUCCAGGAUCUCCUAAAAUAUCACCUUUCCCAACCCUUCCUGAUAUGUCUCCAAAAAAAGUGUCCGCCACUCACAAUGUAUAUGUCUCUCCAUUACGAUCCUCUAAGAUGGAUGCUCUAAUAUCACAUAGCUCAAAAAGCUACUAUGCAUGUGUUGGGGAGAGCACUCAUGCAUAUCAGAGCCCUUCAAAAGACCUAACCGCCAUCAAUAACCGAUUGAAUGGCAACCGGAAGGUCAGAGGUCCCCUCAAUUUUGAUGAUGUUGAUGUGGGCUUGGUUAGUGACUCUAUGGUUGCAAACAGCCUCUAUCUCCAAAAUGGAAGUUGUGCAUCAUCAUCAGGUGCACCAUUGAAGUCUGAGCAACCUGACUCUUAAAUUAAAUGUUGUGUAUAUUCUGCUUGUCUCCUUUCUUGAGUCCAUACUAGCUGCUUUAUGAGAAGAAGGGGUAUUGUAUGAGCGGGGUGAGAUUGUAGAAUGCCGCCACUGCCCCGUGUACUUUUGUGUUAGGUAUUUAAUGCAGAAUGUAGGUCUCUAAUUAGCUAAUCAAUAAAAGCUUCCUUUUCUAGUUCAACAUGGUCUUUUUCUUUCUUUAUUUAAGGAAAUUUUUUAACUUUUAAAAUGCUGAGAGAUAUGCUACAUAGUACAUACAUUUCACCUGU